UGGAACGUGGGUCCCAGAGCCACCGCCACCUUGCCGGAUGCUCCCGACCACCUCCCCCCGGGCGCCGGCGACGCUGGCCCGCGGGCGCAGCUCGUCCAAGCUCGCGGAGCCGGACCCGUUCUCCCGGCGCAGCCCAUCGAUGCCACCGGCCGCGACCGGGUCGCCCGUGCGCCUGAACCGGCGUCCCGCGAGCUUCCAUGGCCCGCAGGAGUUUGGCGAGUCGUCCGCGCCGUCGCCAGACGCAAGCAGCAACAACGAAGACAUCUCGAUGCUCUUUGACAUGAUCUGCAACGACUAUUUCACCGCGCGCUACGCCAGCAGCGAGAGCGGUAUCCACAUUCUCGAGGCGUCGCUUGUCAAGCUCUGGAAGGUCAUCAUGCUACCCGAGAAGACCGUGUCGGCCAAGAUGGCCGCGCGCAUUUCCAAGUUCUGCGAAGACAUGGCCAAGGAGUCUUUGGUCAAGGAAGCCGACGCCCGCGCCGCAGUCGCGCGCCAAGCGUCGGACAUGGACGCCGACCUGCAAGUCGAAGGUCUUCUCCGCGACUGGAUCAAGCCCAAAUUGCUCGUGCUCGUCGAAGAAAUGCGCCUCGAGCGCGCGCUGCGCGGUGCAUCCUCCAGCGGCCGGUCGGUGCCGGCGGGCGAAGACGUCGCGUCGCUUGGCGAGAUCCGCAUCGAGGGCUACCUGCGCAAGAAGGGCCAGCACGUCAACCUCUGGCGCGAACGGUACUUUAUGAUCCGGUCGGCGCCCAACGGGACGCAUAUCCUGUGCUACUUUCGAAAGAAGGGCGACCGCGAGCCCCGAGGACCCGGCUGCACGGUCGACGAAGUGCGCGAGUCGCCAAGCCUCAUGGAGUCGAAGCGCCUCUUCACCUUUCGCAUUCGGCACUACUCGAGCACGUACUCGGAAGAGUCGGAAGAGUACAACGAAGCGAUGCCCAUGACGCCAUUGGCGACGCCGGGCACCACAUCUGGUGACGGCUUUGACUUUGACUUUGAUCCGAAAGCCAACAUCAAGAAGGCGCGCAUGAAGAAACUCGCAGCGGCGGCCACCGCUGCCACGGCCGUUGUUCUCACGGGGGGCCUCGCCGGCAUUGGUCUUGUCGGCGUUGGCGCCGCGGCGGUCUCGUCCGCAGCGCUCACGGCCAGCGCCAGCACGCUCCUCACCAAGAGCUCGGUCGCGCCCUUGUCACUCGCUGCCGAGUCGCUCGAGACGGCGCUCUGGUGGCGCAACAGCAUCCUCGAGUGCAUUGCGCAGGCCGAGGCUCAUUGGCGUCAAUACGUGCACUGGUACCUCGCCCAGGACCGCGACGUGGACGAAGCGACCGAGUCGCCGCUCCCGCCAACGUCACCACCAACGUCCAAAACGCCCAAGACCACUCGGGCCAUCGCGCCGCCGCCGAAAAUUGUGCGCCGGCCGUCGCUCGGGUCCCUGCCACGCUCGAUGCUCAAGCAAUUUCGCUGGCUCCAGGGCCUCGACCGCUGGAGCUUGUACACGCAAAACUCCAACUUGCGCGUGUAUGCGCACCCGGUGCCGUCGCCGGCGUGGCCGCCCAUGAAAGCCUCGCUGCACAUUCCCGCGAGCAGCCAGCGCGUCUUGGACAUGCUGCUGCAGACGGACAGUCCAUUUUACAAGUCCAACUGCCUCCUGAAGCGGUCCUACGUGCUCGAGGCCGUUGAUGCCCACACCGACAUUGUCUACUGGAAGCUCAGUCCGCAAUCACUGUGGCCAGUCGUCGUCGAAGCGCGCGACUUCUGCCUCUUGCGCUACUGGCACCAAGAGCCCGACGGGUCGUACAUCAUUUGGUUCCACUCGGUGCAGCACAGCGACUGCCCACCGACGCACGAGCUCCUCGGGUUCUUUGCCAUUUUAUACACAAUUUCCUGGCUAAAGCAGCAGAUAUAG